UUGUAUAUCAACCACUAAAAUAAUUAACCCUUUAUAAUUGAAUUAUUAACGAAGCGCAAAGAGUUGAUGAUUUUUUUGUUUAAAAUGUGUAUUUCUCAACGACAUUUAAAUAAAUUACCAAUUCAUCAAUCAUAAAGUUUUUACGUAAUAAAAGAAGCAAGUAGAAAUUGAUGACGGCGUAGGCAAUUGUGUUUUCUUGCUCUUGAAUUACAAAUCUUACCCAAAAACUUCGAAAGUCGAUAACAGCGACAGCUGUAUCAAUAAGAAAACAUGGGUAUCGUAUGUUCUGCGUUCUCCGGUAUAGAUUUAUGCACGAGUCGACUUGCAAACUGGUUUCUGUGCUGUGUCACGCUGGGGGGAAUUAUGUCUUUUAUGCAAAUAUCUGUCAUUUACGGUAUGACUAUCGGCUACCACACGGGGCAAGAACAAUUGGCUUAUUUUGCCGCUAGAGCAAGAAACGUACAGAGUACUACAAAGUUUAGUGGACCGCUGUUGCGAGCGGGAACCGAGGUGGAGCGUCGCACUGAACCAUUCAGCCCAGAUACAACCACCACUACCACAAUACCACCAGAGACCACUACAGAAUCUGUACUCGGUUUGGAGAUGUAUGAAACACGGCCUAGAGCCAGAACUGGUAGUCGGGAUGAUAAUGAUACACCUAUAUUUAUACAAUACGUGGACAUGACUACUUUGGGAUCUUUGCCGGAUCUCGAAGACUUCCCCAGAAAAUACAACGGUCGUGUCCGGAGGGCGAAGAAUGAUAUGUUGAGCAAAAUGUUUUGGAGACCUUUUAAAAAAACAGAUGUAAAACCGAUAUCGCCUACGUAACUGCUCAUAGGUCGACAUUUACCUCCAGAUUCAAAAUACAUGUAUCAAAUCAUUUUAUUUUACACUUUUGGAAUUAUUUAUCUAUUAUAUUAAUAUAAUAAGUA